UAAACAGUAUGUACGUACAUGACUACAUGAAUAGUACGUAGAAGGAUAUAGUAAUGUAUAUAUAUCCUUAAUAGAAUGGAACAUAUAUAUUUGUGUCGGUUUGACCCAACAUGUGUCUGUUAUGAAAGUUUCGUCCAAGUAUUGUCAAUAGUUAGCUUCACUCGAUUAUAAAAGAUGUAAACAUUUCAAAAGCAUUGCAACAUAUAUUAAUGAAUAAUAUAAUAAUUAAGCACCUAAAUACAAUAUAUUUAAUGACUUGGUUUUACAUUCGGUUUUGCAACAUAAUCAACGGAUAAAUUCUUUCAAGUGAAAUGAUAAUGAGCGAUAAGAGUGGAGUAAAUUUGAAAGUCGUAUCUCCUCUGGCUAAUCUCUCGGCUAAUUCAGCAGUGAUAUUGUCAGGACGAUGCACAUCAACACCAAAGGAUUCGACUCAGCUUUCAAUGAACGAUUUAAAGUCAGAUUUCGAUUCAAUAAAAGAAAAUACUCAGCCAUAUUUGAGUUUGAAUCGCAUGAUUAAUUUUGCACCAGUGCCGAUUUUCGGUCGUCGAAAUUUGCAGUUGUUGAAUAACUGUAUAAAUAAAGAUCCAAGUUUGCAAUCUCCCGAAGCUGUGAAAUCAUUACUUCAAAAUGAAAACAGUCUCUUUACCUAUUUGACCGAGACAAAUGUUAACGACGAAUGUGUCGAUAUAAAAAAGCAAUAUUCCGAAGAAAGUUCUGCGAGUAUAACUUAUCAAAUAAGGCAAGAGAUUAAAAGGAAUAAGAAUAAGAAUUCGUCAAAGAAGAAAAGAUUGAGCCAUUACAAAGCUAAAGUAUCGGUAUUCAAAGUAAGUCCGAGAACUCCGAGAGCGCCUAGACUCUUGACAGCCAUAAGAGCAGAAUUUAAACAGAAUCGUCAACGAUUGCAUAAAGGGAAUGAGAAAAUAGGCAAUACCCCAAAGUUUCCCAUUUCAAGCGAGAAGAUAUGUCAGAAGGAGAGAGGCAACAAAGACAAAAACAAGCUAGAUAUUAUUUCAAAGAAUAACAAUAAAGUGUCGACACAUGUUAUAGAUACAAAAAACGGCAACAUAAUUCCUUCAACAGAGUCGCAUAAAAAAGAAGAAACAGAAAUUCACAAAUCUAAUAAAUUGAAGGUAUUGAUUGGUCUCGUACCAUUAUAA